AUGACCUAUAAUAGAUAAGGCCAAGUAAUACCUUAACAUAGGACAGCUGGAACAGGUGAUCUACGACAGUCAGACUUAAAGCAGAUUAGCUGACAAGAUGACGAGAAUACUUACGUACAUCGUAGCCUGUCUAACGGUUACAUCAAUCGCUGCUACUUUUGAAUGUUUCUGUAAUUUUCUACAUCCUGAAUACUUUGUUCUGCCGUGCGCUGACACUCUCCACCGCCCGAUUGGGACAAUAAAUAUGCCUGACCAUGUCUUAAACAAGUUCUAUGCUUAUGAUCUCAACGAUCGGUACUGCAAGGCAAGACUGGCGGGGGUACAGGCGCCACAGGGAUACGAAGCCAUUCUGCACUAUGGACAGUUGGGUUACCUGAGACUUGACUCCGGAUUUAGAGUGGACAGCUGUAUUGGCACAGUCAUGAUCAGUAGAGGUCACCUCAACAUGUCCGGAAGCUGCACGCACAAUAUAACAGGACCAAUUGGUUUAGUCAACCUAGGUCCGACAACCCCGCCGACAAUCUCCUCAAACACCGUACCAACAAAAGCAAUACAACCUGUCGGGAACUGGCAUACAUUUCCUCAGCCGGUGGUGACUACCCCCCGUCCGACUCACCAUUGGAUUUUACUUGGAGGAGCCAGCAGACCCGGAUGUAGGAGAGCAGACAUCGACGCAGCCAUUCAAGGAGGAAAAUCAAUAUACCACUCUGACGCCAGAGUCUGUGGACACGGAGGUGUGUCGUUUGAUGAAUCUGUCCCACUGGCCUUCUGCAGUAUAAAAGAACGUGUGCAAUGGAAACAAUACCUACAGGUACGACCUCACUGUAAACAGUUAGCAGUAUACACUCCAGUCUCUGUGUUUAUCAACGGGAAAUUGUUUGACGGAAGUGGAAGUGGAAUAUUCAUUGGAUGUACAAGUUCCGGUGGUUUUAAGAUUGCCCGGCAGACAUGCGCCAGUGGAAAGAUUGAAGUAGUUGAUAUCAACCCAGGCCAUUCUGGAAUACUGGAGAAUGUUGACAACUACUUUAUCAUCCAAUGAUCUGUUCUAUAACAAAAUCUUGGAAUGAGAAGGAAAUAAAAUGUAUCAUUCAUA